AAGAAGUGUGUGGAGUGAGAGCAGGAAAUUUCAACAAGGAUUUCGUAAUACAAGAAACACCGUGAAGACUAAGUUCGUACGCGCGCGAGUGUGUGUGUUCAAAGUAGAUUCAACAAUCUCAACAAAAAGAUUCGUUCCAAGAAGCUGCUGCAUUGGGAUUACCGCUCGAUCGAGAUCAACUCUAAGCCGAAUCGCGAGGAUUAAUCCUGAACUCCAGCAAAAAUGACGAGAGCUGCACCAGCGAAACCUAAACCAGAAAAAGAGAAACGAAGGAACAACGAAAAGCGCAAGGAAAAAUCUCGCGACGCCGCCCGAUGUCGCCGGUCUCGCGAAACGGAAAUCUUCCAGGAGCUGGCCGGCCUGUUGCCGAUGCCCCAGGAGGACGUCGAGCAUCUGGACAAGGCCAGCGUGAUGCGGCUGUCGAUUGCGUUCCUGCGCGUCCGCGACAUGCUCGAACUUUUUCCGGACAUUGGGAAGAAGGUGGCUGCCGAGCAAGAAAAGGACGGCGAAGAUGUUGACCAGGACUCGAAGGCUGCGCUCAGCGAGUUGAUGAUUGAACAGGAGCAGCUUGCGCUGCAAACGUUGGACGGAUUCUUGCUGGUUCUGUCCGCGGACGGUGAUGUGACGUACGUCUCGGAGAACGUUGGCGAGUUUUUGGGCAUUGCGCAGAUUGACAUGAUGGGUCAACCGAUCUGGGACUACUCGCACCAGUGUGACCACGAAGAGUUGCGUGAGGCGCUGAACGGCCGUCACCAUAGCCCGUCGGAGCUGGUCAAAGGGGUGGCCAACAGCGAUUGCAAGCCGCAGGAAACGCGCGAUUUCUUCCUCCGGCUGAAGUGCACUCUGACGAGCCGCGGCCGUUCGGUCAACAUCAAGAGCGCCUCGUACAAGGUGAUCCACGUGACGGGUCACAUCGCGUGCAAGGAGGACGGUCAGCGCCAGCUGGUGGCCGUUGCGCGCCCUUUGCCGCACCCGUCCAACAUCGAGGUGCCGCUCGACGCUAGCACCUUCCUAAGCAAGCACUCGCUGGACAUGAAGUUUAGCUACGUUGACGAUAAAAUGUUCGCCCUGCUCGGGUACAACCCGGCCGAUCUGUUGGGCAAACCGCUGUACGAGUGUCACCACGGCAUCGAUUCGGAGCACUUGAUGGGCACCUUCAAGAACGUAAUCAGCAAGGGCCAGAGCGAAACAGCCCGGUACCGGUUCCUGGCCCGUACCGGGGGUUACGCCUGGGUCGUGACGCAAGCCACCCUUAUCUACGAUAAGCAAAAGCCCCACAGCAUCGUGUGCGUCAACUACGUCAUCAGUGGUGUGGAGAACAAAGAUGAAAUUUACUCGUGUGCUCAACUGGAAGCACGUUCAGCUACGGAACCAGCUUCAUCAGCAGCAGAACCAUCAGUAGCUGAACCAGUUAAGAAGACUUGCAGUGUUACAAAAGUGCUCGCAGAAAACGUCAUCCGCUGUAGCAGCGGCGGAGACCAACCUCCGGAAGCCAAACCCGAAGCGGUUGUUGUUAUUGUCCCAGUUGGCAAGGAAAAUCCAAAACCAGAACCGGAAGUUGUUAAAGUACAAGGACCACCACCACCUCAACCCUUGUCGAAUUCGGUUAUUGCUAGUGCAAACAAGCCAUCGACCAACAAAGUGUCACGUCCGGUGUCUGUGACGGCUUCGAUCUUCAGCAGUGCAGCGGCCAAGAAAGAUUCGCCGAAGCCGGUGGUUGGACCGCAAUCGGUCACAGCGAAGCUGUUUGUGACCCUUAACCCUACGCAGCAACCGACAGCUGCUGCAGCCGGCGGGGGUUGUAAUAAACCGAAACACGCCACCGAAAAGAUCUUCGCCCCCCGGACGGAAGAUAUGAACAAGGGAUUCCUGAUGUUCUCGGAAGAGGAGCCCGGAUUGACAAUGCUAAAGGAUGAACCGGACGACCUGACUCAUCUGGCUCCCACGGCAGGCGACGCGUGCAUCCCGCUGGAAGAAACGGGUCCCUUUUUCAACGACGUCUUCGACGACUUUAUGAUCCCCGAGAGCUACACCUCACUGCUUCAGGACGAACUAAACUCGCUGGACAGUGCCGACCAGCGGCUCAGUAUAUCCGUGUCCUCGGUAGCCUCUCCGAUCACGAUCAACGGAACCACGAUCAGUACGAUCAGCCAUCAAACCGCCAGCCAUAGCUCCCUCUCGUCGUCAUCCGCCUCGUCGAUCACGUCCUGCUCGCCGUCGUCCUGCUCCGUGGCAAGCCCCUCGUCACUAUCCUCGUCGUCGACCGCGACCAAUGGGACCUCCUCCGGAACCAGCAGUUCGGGCAUCGGCACAUCCUCGACGACGUCCAACAGCUCCAAUCACAACAACAACAGUCAGUCCAGUGGUGCCAGCAGCAAUGAUCCGUUCAUCAACUACCGCGACGAGAUCAGCGAAAUCAGCCACUCACCGCAUUUACUGUCACCCGGACUGUCAAAGAGCCCCGAGGGAAGCAGUAUACCAUCGCUGUGCAGUCCAAACGGUUCCGGUGGUUGUCCGGAGGAUGAGCUUGCAUUUAUGACCCUCAACAUGGACGACGAUUUGGACCUGUCGAUGCGCGCCCCGUACAUAUCGAUGAGCGAAGUGGACGACCUGCCACUGCUCACGUCCGACGACCUGAUGUGGGGAGCCGCCCCCGUUUCGAUCGUCGAAGGCUCCUCGGUCAAGUAUCACCUCAAGGACGAAUUCGUCCAUCAGCAGCAACAGGACACGACGACGGCCAAGUCACAGGUCACGACGGUCAAUGUCAUAGCCCAUCGGGCAGACCAACAGCAACAGACCACCAAUAGCAAUACAAGCAAUAACCACAAUAUCGAAAACAACUGCAAUAUCGGCAACAAAAUCAUCGACUGCAGUCUGGCAGCACUGCUGUGCGGCAACGUUAUCAACAUACAGACCUCGACGAUCCAGCUGCAGCCGGCGUCACACCAACAGCAACAACAACAGCAGCAGCAAAAUUGUAGCCGACAACAGAUACUGAUCCAGCAGACCCAAGAUUCGAUCAUUGCCGCAGACGUGCAGCAACAACUGCAACAGCAGCAGCGGGAAAUUUUGGGCGACAAAAAGAUCAGUUUGGUGCACCACCCGAUGGUGGUCAUUUCGAAUGGUUAUAAAAACAGUUCACAUGCAGCAACUCCCAACACGAUCGAGGCAUGGGCGAUGGGAAAUGAGCUGCUGCUGAAUGGCGUGAGCCAGAACAACUCAUCAACGACGACAGCGUCAACGACGAGCACCUCGUCCAACUCAACCUCAACCGGAAGCAAGCUGAACGUGAUCGUGUCGAAGAAGAGUGCCAGCGGAAGCAGUAGCGGUAGCAGUUCUACAAAGCGUUCGUUGGCGUCUUCCGAGACCGAUGGCACCAGUAAACGGGUCAAAUCUAGUGGUUCCGGCGCGGUUCAGCACUCCUCGUCGACGACGUCCUCGCCGCAGCUGUUGCAGCAGCUGAUGGCGCCGUCGCCGGUGCCGGCCAAGGCCAAAGCCAAGUCCAAGCUGGACCAGUCGGAUCGGUGGCCCACCGGAGCAGCGGGAGUGGGUGCGGGCAAGCAGGCCGACCAGGUGUCCAACUCGGUUCUGAUGAACCUGCUCGUGAGCGGAUGUGACACAAACAUUCCCAAAUCGCCGCCGGAAAUUCUGAUCGCAGAUGACAACUCGUGCCAAGAAAUCAUGCUGAAACGUGAUGAGCUAACCGACGAGGAGAACGGAGACCACGUUUCAAUCCUUCAAGCAAAUCCUAUGCUGGCCGCCGACGUCCCCUUGACCGUCCGCACGGACUCGCCACCCCUCAGCCAGAGCCUUUCAUCACCACCGUCGUCCCAAGGGGAUGACUUCCUGAUGACCGUAUCGCCGAGUCUGCUGACGGCGUCCGAUCUGGAGCUGUGGCGUGCCAUCCAGCAGCACGGGCUGGAUCCGAAAGCGAUUCGUCCUCCGGUGAGUCCGGGCGAUUCGGCGGCAAGCAACCUGCUGGCCGUGCUGGAUCCGGCCAUGGCCAUCAGCCGGCUGCGCAACGUGGACGACGAGGACGAGCAGGACUUUGAGAUGACCAUACCGGUCAAUGAGAUAUUGCAGAAUAAUCUCAUUUGAUUGUGUGACACGUUUUAAGAUGAUUUCUUCUUUUAUUUUUUUAAUCAUUACGAAACAACUAAAUAUAUUUUUCAAGCAACACAUAUAAAACUUUGACAUAAUUUAAGCGAAAUUUCUCGAAACCAACAAACACAGCGAUGAGUAAAUGAUUGAUUUAUUUUUUAGUAAAUUUUUAACACAUUUCUCGAUCAUUUCUGAAAGGCGAAAAUCACAUCUUCACAGCGAAAAAUAAGAAGUUGAUCAAAUGCUCAGAAACUUGAUACAAAAAGUAUACUUUUCUUUCUAAUACAAAAAAACAACACAAAAAGCGUACGCGUGAUAAUAAAGAAUGGUCGAGUAGAGUCUUUUAGUGGUUAAGUAACUGUUAAAUCAUAUUGUUUUUUCAAGAUAAUUUAAUUUGUGUUGUUUAUGGAACUCCAGAGUAGAUUUUAGCGAUUAAUUUGUGUGUUUGUGCUUAGUUUAGUGCGUUCCACAAGUUUACAGCAAUAGUUUCACAUUUGUUUAAUUUGGGUGUCGGUUCAAUUCUACAAAAUUUCUCUUUUGUAACGUAAUAACAAAAAAAACUGAAAGAAAAUUAGAGAUAUACAAUAUAACGCGAAGGUAUGGCCAAAAAAUCUCAUUCACGGCCGGUCAGCUGUACAAACGUGCACAAUUUGAAGAGAGAAAAAGAAAAUCAGGUGGAGUGAAACCCGGUGCGCAUUUACUACACAGCUUUCCUCUUUUUUAGAUGAAAUCAGCCAACGAAAUGUGUACAAACGAUUAGAAUCUGUCUCGCUUGAUUUUUUUUAGACAUAUAUUUGUUCUUCAUGCAUCAAACCAAUAAGUUGUGGUAAUUUCAGCUUGUCCAUAGCGGUGCGUAAGAAAAUAGAAAUUUUAUUUUUUUGUAGAACUAACUAUCAAGUACAUUUCCACCACAUUUUGUUUAAAUUUGUAUUAGCAUUUUACGUUGAGAAACUAUUAAGUCUUUUAAAACACCUCAAAUGUACCCUGUACGGAUCCCAAUUGCCAUUGGAAGAAGAAAAUUGAAAUCUAUCAAUAUCUACCUUAUAAGCAAACAUUUUAGUAAGAGGCAUAAAAAAGGAUGAAAAAAAUAAAAUGAAAAAAAAAACAUUUACAAAUGCAUGUAUCAGUAGUGUGUAGAAUUUGGUUAUCGUAUACAAAAGAGGAAAUAAAGAGAAUUUAUAUAAUCAUUAGUUAUAAACAUAAA